GGAAGCUUCAAAGCUCAUUUUUCAGUUAUUAUUCAUAUAAUAAUAAGCCAUCUAAUUUUUUUUUUGUUCAUCUUUUGUCAAGAAAACUAUCCAUUCCGAACUUUUUUUCGGUUGCGUAAAUUCAACAAUAGAAUAAUUUAACAUUUUUUUCCCAAAAUUCUGCAUACACGAAUAUGAGUUCUACAUCGAAAAAUAAAUCAUCGAGUGGUGGUGGUGGUGGUGGUGGACAUUCAAGUGAUGUAAUGUCAGGAUCAUCGUCACCGCAUCUUGUUCAUGGCCAUCAUCAUCAUCCACAUCAUCAUCAUCAUGGUAAUUCUUCUUCAUCAUCAUCUAAUACGGUGGAAACCAUACAAUUAUUGGUGGACAAUACCACAUUUGUGGUAAAUCCAGAAAUAUUUUCAUCAAAAAAAGAUACAAUGCUUUAUCGGAUGUUUUUUUCAUCACCAAGUAUUGCUAAACCGAAUGAAAAAGGACAAUAUGUAAUUGAAGGCUUUUCAGCCACUGUAUUUGGUGCCAUUUUGGAUUUUUUCAAAAAUGGCAUCAUCAAAUGUCCACCAAGCGUCAGCGUUUCUGAAUUGCAUGAAGCUUGUGACUAUUUUCUUAUUCCAUUCGAUGCCUCAACUAUCAAAUGUCAUAAUUUGCGUGGAUUAUUGCAUGAAAUAAGCAAUGAAGGUGCUAAAGAACAAUUUGAAAAUUUUCUUUAUGAAAAAAUUCUACCUGAAAUGGUCAAUGCAGCUAAACGUGGUGAUCGAGAAUGUCAUAUAGUGAUUUUAUUGGACGAUGAUAACGUUGAUUGGGAUGAAGAAUAUCCACCACAAACUGGUGAAGAAUAUUCGCAAAUUAUUUACUCAACUUCUAUGUAUCGUUUCUUUAAAUACAUCGAAAAUCGAGAUGUUUCCAAACAAGUUUUGAAAGACAGAGGAUUAAAGAAGAUCCGUCUUGGUAUUGAAGGAUUUCCAACACAUAAAGAAAAAAUCCGUAGACGUACUGGUGAUCGACGUCCUGAAGUUAUUUACAACUAUAUUCAACGUCCAUUCAUACGUAUGUCAUGGGAAAUGGAAGAAGCUAAAUCUCGUCACGUUGAUUUUCAAUGUGUUCGUUCGAAAUCAAUUACGAAUCUUUCUCUGGAUGGUGAUGAACCGAAUUUAGAUUCUGAAACAGUGGCCCGUGUUGAUCUUGGUUCAUCGAAUGUUACCACUAAUGUUGAAACAAUCUAUGUGGAUCGUUCAACCAAUGGAAAUGGCAGCAGUAGCAGCAGCAGCAGCAGCAACAACAAUGCAAAUAAUGAUAAUAGUAACAAUAAUCAUAUCACCACCAAUGCUACAAACAGUGGACCGAACAAGAACACUAACAAUAACACAAAUGUUACUGUAAAAGAAAAUGAUUCCAGUGAUUGAUUGAUUUUGAUAAUUUAUCAUCAUAAUGAUAAUGAUGUUUAUACAUUA